AGGAACAGAUUUCUGCGAGCAACGUUCGCUAUAAAAGAACAACGUCUUCAAACCCCGAAUACACAUCGUAUUUGUAAAGUACGUCGAAUAGAUCCGCUUACAUCCACACGAUACCAAUCGUUUGCAGAUUGGCAACCGCAAUACAAUCUAUCAAUGGCUAACUAUAUGAGAUACGUUAUCGCUCUUAUCGUUAUCGUUGGCGUUGUUCAUGGGCAAACAUUGCUGGAAGAUACAGACAGAAAUGUUCUUGGGCUGAAUUUUCCGUACGGCAGAGGACUGGACAGUGAAUUACAACUGGCCAAAUUAAUGUUAGUAGCUCCGCGAUUUUGUCAUCCCAAACGCAAUUCCGAGCUCAUUAAUUCACUGUUGGGUCUGCCGAAAAACAUGCACAAUGCCGGCAAGAAAAAAUAAAUCUCCUCUAGUUGCGUGUAUACAAGACGCAUAUAUAUAUAUAUAUCGCAUAAAAAUCUAUUUGCUUUGUAACGUAUGCAAUUAUUGUACGAAGUACAGAUUCAAGAAAACAUAUAUAUAUUAAAGAAACUUUGUUUUCAAUAAAACACAAUGUAACCAAAAACAGACAUACAAAAUAAA